CCCACCAUACACCACGUCGUUGAUCACCUAUCAUUGUCGCCACACAAAGUAAUCAAACAGUUGGUUUCCAAAAAGAAAGAGUGUUUUAAACGACCCUAUAAGCUUAACCAGUAAUACUGACCAGGGAUACUGACCAGUUACUGACCAGUGAUGGCUUCAAAGAUCGAAGACUUGAGUGCUGUGGUACUGGACAAUGGGUCGGGCAUGUGUAAGGCCGGGUUUGCUGGGGACGACGCCCCUCGCUCUGUGUUUCCUUCCAUAGUCGGCAGACCCAGGCAUCAGGGGGUCAUGAUUGGGAUGGGACAGAAGGAUUCCUACGUCGGAGACGAGGCUCAAAGUAAGAGAGGCAUACUCACCCUCAAAUACCCAAUCGAGCACGGCAUCGUCACAAACUGGGACGACAUGGAGAAAGUCUGGCACCACACAUUCUACAACGAACUCCGUGUCGCCCCAGAUGAACACCCCAUACUCAUGACGGAGGCGCCGUUGAAUCCGAAGGCGAACCGGGAGAAGAUGACGCAGAUUAUGUUCGAGACGUUCAACACACCGGCGUUUUACGUAGCUAUCCAGGCCGUGUUGUCCCUGUAUUCCUCAGGUCGCACCACAGGGAUAGUGUUAGACUCGGGGGAUGGCGUCACGCACACCGUGCCGAUCUACGAAGGGUACGCCUUGCCUCAUGCCAUCUUGAGGAUCGAUCUGGCAGGCAGGGAUCUCACCGACUACCUGAUGAAAAUCAUGACGGAACGGGGUUACUCCUUCACAACAACAGCCGAAAGAGAGAUUGUCAGGGAUAUCAAAGAGAAACUAUGCUACAUUGCACAAGAUUUUGACGAUGAUAUGGUGCUGUCUGCCACUUCUAAAGACAUGGAAAGGACAUACGAACUACCCGAUGGUCAGGUGAUCAGCAUUGGUAACGAGAGAUUCAGGUGUCCGGAAGCGAUGUUCCAACCUUCCUUUAUCGGUAUUGAAAUGGCGGGCAUGCACGAAUCCACAUACAACUCAAUUCUUAAAUGCGACGUUGACAUCAGAAAAGAUCUCUAUUCCAACAUCGUAUUAUCCGGAGGUUCAACUAUGUUCCCAGGAGUAGCAGAACGUAUGAGUAAAGAGGUCGCGUCCUUGGCCCCGGAACUCAUCAAGGUGAAGGUCGUUGCUCCACCUGAGCGGAAGUACUCUGUUUGGAUUGGAGGAUCGAUCCUUGCCUCGUUGUCGACCUUUGAACAGAUGUGGAUCAGUCGGCAGGAAUAUAACGAGGCGGGAGCCGGUAUCAUUCAUAGAAAAUGUUUCUAGUCGCUCAUUAUACAUGUAGUUUGUAUUUUUGUAUCAGAAAAUGUCCGUUAAUGCAUUUUAAAUUAAA